CUCAGCAAAGAUUGUUUUCAAUAAGGGUAAUAUCAUAGGCAAUUAAAGGUUAUGUGACUUACAGGCAGAUCGAGAAAAGCUUAAUAGCGUCUUGCUGGCACAAAUUUUAGACUAAACGGUUUUAAGUACUGUUUACUUUCUUGUCAACAGAAAUUGUCCAAGAUGCGGAGACCUUCUAGCGAUGGUAAGUUAAUACGUUAUUGCUAAGAGCAUUUGUGCACACCGUAUGGAAUUUUGGGCGCGAUGAAAAUGAAUCAGUGGGGGUAGGGUGGAUGGUGUGAAGGUGGGGAUAGAAAAACCCCUGUCGUUUUGCCUUGUCAAGCUCUAUAUUUUAAUCCGAGAUGCGCUUACACCUAACCUUAGGUCAUGAAAUAGGCCAGAGCGAAGCAAAGUAUUGUUGCCUGGAGAAUAUAUUUCUGAAUAUAUAUAAUAUUUCUGAAUAUGUUCCAUGUUAUGGAAUAACUUGCCCAAAAACUUAAAAAAUGCUGCAUCCCUUGAGCAAGCGAAAUAUCAAGAAGGUAGCUGAUAUAUCGGAUUCCCACACGGCAAUCAUGUAAAGCAGUUGUAAUUAGUUUUAGUUUUUAACUUAAGCUUAACUGAUGAUUUCCCGUGUUUAAAUAAAGAUUUACAUACAUACAUAGGUUCUCUUCUCUUUUUUUAGCGAAUGACGGAAAGCUUGAUUGGACGCUCCCUAUGAAACUUGAACUCAGAACAUCUCUUUACGAUAUUUGCCAUUAUGAUAGUUAAAACAAAGAGCUGCAUAACGUACUAAUUCAUUUGAUUCAUUCAAUCAUUUGUCGAUCACUUUAACUGUAUAGUUUACUGGCCUUUUUAAAAAAAGGCACUUUACAGUUGAGUGUUGUUGUUCUACUGCUCAGUCUUGUCUCACAAUGUUUGACAAUAGAAUCCCAUUGCUGUUAAAGUAGAGGCUGAUACACAAUCCUUCGAUGUGGAGCGAACGUUUGAAUCCCCGACCUAUGCAUCCACAGCAAGUGCAGAUUACAUGCCACUUCAUCCCUCAACGAGAAGCUGGGAGAUCAGUCGCAGACAGGUCAACAUAGUUAAAGUCAUUGGUAAAGGAGCUUUUUCACAAGUUGCCAAGGCGACAGUAAACGGCAUGCGUGGAAGCCAGGACAACUUGACAGUAGCAGUAAAAAUGCUCAAAGGUGUAGUGUAAUUCAGUGUACUAUGACUAAUAAUUGGAGAUUUGGGUGAGGUUGAGUCCAAAUGUAGGUCAAUACACUAUACUUAAAAGGCAUCUCGUUCAAUUGGAUGGUUUCGAUGCAAACAAAACAAAAAAGACCAAGUGGCAGAGAACACUGAAACAAGCUCACCGCAGCAAAACGAUUACCGCAAUAAAGUAAUGGUAAAAAUUGAGAAAUUUUUUUGGGUUCUUCUUUUUAGCAAAUACUCCAGCUUCAGAUAAAAAGGACCUUCUGUCAGAAGUUGACGUGAUGAAAAAACUAAAACCUCAUCCCCACGUGAUCAAGCUGUUGGGCUGCGUCACAGAGACCGGUAAGGGAUGUUUGAAAGAAAUAUUGCAGGGUUUCAAAGAAAAUGAAAUAAUAAUGUGGUCAAACCGAGUAUAUACGGACACUGAGGGGACCAUAGAAAGUGUCCGUAUUAGCAGAAGGCUUUCUUUCCCCAGGGACAAAGCAAACUGUCCGUAAUAUGCAAUGAAGUGUCCGCAUUUAGCGGAUUUUCGGGCUUCGUUGGUGUUUCCUAAAUUACAUCAAAACUGCGAUGAUCAAACCUCCAGUUAGAUUUUGUAUUCUCGCAGUUCACAUCAUCUUCAUUGAAAGGUACUAACUUCAUUCUAUGUCCCUUCGUGCGAACAAACUCAUUAAUAUUCGCUCGGAGAGUAAAUCGGAGAUUUUUCUAAUGCUUCUAAUUUUGUUGGUUACCAUAGAGCCGUUGUUGGUUUUAAUUGAGUAUGUACCGUACGGUGACCUACUGGGCUUCUUGAGGAAGAGUCGAGGACUGAACGACACGUACUUUAAGGACCCGGAUAUGAAGCCACAGACCAAUAUUACAGCAGAACAGUUAAUGAAAUUCGCUUGGCAGGUUGCUGAUGGAAUGUGUUACUUAUCCUCAAAAAAGGUUUGCUUUAAAUCUGAUUUAAAAAAGAAGUAAUAAUUUGAAAUUGAGAACUGACAUUGGAACUGAAAGAUAUCAUUAACAUUUAGCUACAAGAUAAACUUUUAUGGAACAUAAGAUUGAGCACUCAAGGCUUAGGAGCUUAAUUGUUAGUCUUACAAACCUUGCCCAAUUCUAAAAAAAACAUAUGCUCAAAUAAUGAGCGUCACGUAAUAAAUACAUGAAUUUCAAAUAAAUCUACUAAAAAAGUUACAUAAACGAUGUUUUCCAGAGAUACCUAUCCUGUGGGUUUGAAGGGUCCGAGCUCGUUGUGUGAGUUUGUGACCAGCAGCUCAUGCGGCCAAUGGUACCAGUCUUUUCUGAACAAGUUGAGCGAGGUGCUCCACCUGCGUAGGUGUAAUCGGAUCAGUCCUUACCAUACCCAUAGUAGAGACUGCCCUAUUAGGCGAGUAUGAAAGAAACACUGGGUUUCGAAGGCUAGUAAGGAGGCACAAUCCCAUGACAUCCCGCAUUAGGCACCAUGGGGAACUUAUAUCAGUCGCACAGCAAUCAGCAGGAUCUCAAUCUUGCUAAUAACUUUGUCCUUUCUUUGCGGUUACUCAAAAUAGAACAAAAAUGUACCAUCGCAUCUAUUGUCCGCAAAUUAGUUACUAUCGUCUCUAGUAACUACAAAUUUUUAACUGAGGGUGUGCUUUGUAAAAAAAAAGCUUUCCGUAUUGGAUAGGAUUCCUUUUUUCUGAAUAUCUAGCAGUUGUCUUCAACAAAUUGUCAUGAUAAAAACUUAUCAAAUUAACUGGCCUCUUCGGAUGAGCCUGGUUGCCGGGACCAAUUUCGCCUUGGGUUCAAAUGUGAAAUUUAAGCCCGGCUUCCAAAAUCCUGGUUGAAAAAAACCGCGCGAGAGAUCUUGGGAACCGAGACAGCCCACCCUCUCAUGUGAACACAUUGAAUUUAGAGGUAAAUAAGCUAGAUCAUGGAAACCGCGCUCAUGUGAGAAGGCCCUAUGCACAGCUUUAAAAAGACUAUUAUUUUUAUCUUGAUCCGAUUUUUGAAAAAGCCGUUAUAAAAAAGUUUUGUCAUGUAGAUUAUCCAUCGUGACUUGGCCGCAAGAAAUGUUCUGGUUGGUGAAGGAGAGAAGUGUAAGGUGACAGAUUUUGGAAUGGCAAGGGAUGUGCAUCAGGAAGACAUCUACAACAAAACGAGUCGCGUGAGUUCAACUAAGCACACCGUUUAAUUUUAAAUAUGUCGGAUUUUAUUACAAAAUUGCUUGGGAUCUGUAGUCAGGGGUGCAAAUUGCUACUUUGAAAUCCCGAGUAUCCUUAGCGACGUUUAAAAACGUGCUGAGAAAGUAACAAUCAAAACAUCGGCAUAAGGGUGCAAAUUAAAUUUUAAAAAAUUCUGAUUGAUUUUAAUUUGAUAGUUUUCUAAGAGGCGUCUGCCAGUGAAAUGGACUGCUUAUGAAUCGUUGAUGUAUGGAACAUACACUACACAGAGUGAUGUGUAGGUAUUUUUGUAUGAAAGUUUUUUUUUUCAGGUUAAGCAUGGGGAAUAUUGUCUUUUCCAAUGGGUCGGAAGACUUUCGUCUGUCUCUUUUAUGCCUAAAAAGAAAGCACUGUCACGUUCAAUUAACUUCAACGAUAAUUAUCUCAACAAAAUGAAAGAGUUUUAUGUUGUGCUGCUUGUGCAGGUGGUACUCUACAAGUUCGAAGGUGACUGUAGCUUUUAGAAAGCCGGUGCACGCGCCUUCUCUUCAUCAUUUUAGUUAUUUCUGAUGACGCUGAUUGUUUUGUUUUAGCUGGAGUUACGGCGUCGUACUUUACGAGAUUCUUACUGUUGGUGAGUUGGGAAAAUUGUUCAUUCUCAUAUUUCUUUUGUGUACUAUAUUUUUCCUUGUUUUUCAUGGUUCGUAAUAGAUAGAACAGAUACAAAAUGAAACAAAAGUAAAACUCCACUCACCUUAUAAUUUCAGUAAUCAUAUCGGGAUAGUUGAGCAAACAAACAAACUUACAAUGCUUAAUCAGUUUUUUAUUAUCUUCUUAAAUAAUAUUCCCUUAAAGCUUGCUGUUCUUAUAAGAAACAAAACAUUCCAAAACUCAGAGCAAAGGUUUACGAAUUAGAAUUAAUAUUAAUUUUGUUCAAAUUGAGUAGACUUCUCUUAUAUGAUUUCGCUAGUGCACAAGGGCAUUUUUUUUCCGUUAUGUAUUCUUCUCUCUAGUAUAGCUUCAUUUCUUCCAGGUGGAUCUCCAUAUCCGGAUAUAAAUGCCCGUAAAAUCGCCCAGAAACUUCAGGAAGGAUACAGAAUGCCAAAACCAAAACACGUUGAAAUUAAACUGUGAGUUAUAAUACGAGUAGGGAAAAGAAAGUUCUAAGAAAUAAAAAAAAUUAUAAAUACGGAUUCAGUUUUAAAAAUUAGUAGCCAAUGCCAAGACAAUAAGGUUUCCGUAGCUGUUCCUGUGGACUCAGAUCCUCAGGAAAAAGUGUGGCCUCUGCUCAUCCAGAGCCUAAUAUAAGAGGGGGACCCGCUCCCUGGGGGUUCAAAUUCCACCAAAAAAUAAGGGGGGUCCAGGCCCUUCCCCAAUUUACGCUAGUGAUGUAGUGACGGGUAAUAUGUUUCUCUCGAUUAGCUAUCAGAUUAUGUUUGACUGUUGGAGGGAAAACCCAUUGGAUCGUCCUACAUUUGAAAGACUGAGGAACACAAUGAAGGAGAUGGAGAGAAAUCAUAAGGUAAGAAGAGUAAGAACUCUCUUUAAAAGGGAGAAACAAUCAUGAAUACGGAAGGUUCAUUUAGGGAAGAAGCUAAUCAUUAUUCAGGAGCUGAAGCUGAGGGGAGUGUGUAGCACUUCCCUCCCGCCCUCUUAUCUAAGUAAGAGACUGAUUAAAUGUUGAAUUGGUUGCUGUAUUUAUUUUUCAUUUCCCUUUGCCGUCUCUUCAGAAGCAGUUAACUUUCAAACUUCUAUCCAUUACACUACAUUCAUUACCAACGAAACUACUACAAAACCGCUGUCGACCUGGUUGGCUCAUUUGGUUGAGUAUCAGAUUUCAGAAUUCAUAUAGGGUCCUAAAAUAAGUGAUAGGAAGGUCCUUCCAUCGUUUACAUUAUGUAAUUAAAUAUUUAGAUCUGGAUCCCUCUCAAGCAGGAUAACGACGGGAAAAUGUAGACCUCUUAAACUUUUUUUUCACUUAAUCUAUGUAACCAAACGUUUGAUAGUGACCACUUCUGAGGUGGCGCCGUCCUUAGUCUUGGUUUGAUAAUCUCAGUGAGGGGAGAGAUUCCAAGAUGGGGAUAACAUGUCUGUCUUCCUUCAGUAAUCAUAAAAGUUGCCUGUAAGGCUAUGUUUGAGUAGUAGGUGAAAUGAAUUGUUUUUGAGGUCGAGUGUGACUGCGGAAUAUCUCAAUUGCCUUAUACAACUUUGCAUUUCUUUUACUGUCUUAUUUUUCCAGACAUAUGUCAAUUUGAAACAAUAUGACCACAGCCUUUACGCUGACGUAAACGACUUAAAAGCUAUGUGA